ACAGGAAACAUAUAGGAUGUACCCCAUCUACGUCCAUUGCUGGACCAAUCUCUCGACGGCUGCUGCAGAAGAAAAAUGGCAGGUGGAAAGAAAUUGACGAAGGAAGAGGAGCUUUUGCUCCAAGAUUUCAGCAGGAAUGUAUCAACUAAAUCGUCUGCAUUAUUCUACGGAAAUGCAUUUAUCGUCUCGGCUAUUCCAACGUGGUUGUUUUGGCGUAUUCAUCAGGUAGAUCUGUUCCAGUCUCAAUCCAUUGUGAUGUUUGUUAUUAUGACACUCAUUAGUAGCUGGUUGGUUGCCUUCGCAUACAAGAAUGUCAAGUUUGUCCUGAAGCACAAAGUUGCUCCCAAGAGAGAGGAUGCAGUUACCAAGGAAGUGAUGAAGAAGCUCAGUGAUGCAGACAGUAAGAAGAUGUCACGCAAGGAAAAAGACGAGAGGAUCCUGUGGAAGAAGAACGAAGUAGCCGAUUACGAAGCCACAACCUUCUCAAUAUUCUACAACAAUGCUCUCUUCCUUCUACUCGUUCUCUUCAUGUCUUUCUUCGCUCUCAAGUCACAAGAUCCAAACAUCAAUUAUAUUCUGUCAGAAGCGCUCUCUGCGGGACUCCUGGCCCUCCUAUCAACAGGACAGAAAUAGUCACCUUUUCUUCUCAUUUGUUAGCUGUUUGUAGUCAGAUGAAAUUUAGUGUAGAAUAUAUGAACAUCAAUAAUAUUUGCAAUUGUUUCAAAUCUCCAUUCUCUUGUCAUUCUUUAUUUUCCUUUUUCAAGACUUUUUGUGGCCUUUUCUCUAAUAAUUUGAUGGGUAAAUAAAUUAUAAAUAUUUACAGCACUUUCCAGAUGGUUGUGCUGAUGAUCUGUGACAAUGGGGGAUUUAUGGAUCACCUGGGGCCCGUUUCAUAAAGGACUUGCAACUGUUGUAACUUUGUAAUUGUGGCAGCUACCAUGGUAACUUUGAUUCUGAUUGGCUCAUGAGCCCUGUUACCAUGGUAGUUGCCAUAUUGGCAAAGUUACAACAGUUGCAAGUCUUUUAUGAAACGGGCCCCUGGGCCUCGUGACAUAAAGCUUAGCAAUUGAUAGUAGGGAUGAUUUCAACGAUUGAUUGCAUUGAGUAUCGUGCAUGAUCAAUCUUGAAAAUCACCUCUACAAUUGAUUGCUAAGUUUUAUGUUAUGAGGCCCUGGGUCCUGCUUGAUACUGUGAGUAUUAAACUGCAUGGUUCUAUUGGACAUUGAAUUAUGCAAGAAGAUAUUACAUAACCAUGUUCAUUGUCAAACUGCCAGGGAUUCUCAGACUUAACGAAGUGAAGGGAAGGUUCACUUUUGGAGUAAGGUGAAAAAUUAUUUGAGCUUUUAAAUUCUGUUUUUGUCAAUCUAGGGAGAAAUGUGAUCAGAUAAUUCCACUGCAACAAUGUGCAAGUUGUUAUGGUAAUAAUGAUGAUGAUGAUUAUGUCAUAUUUACCCAGGGUAGCCACUUCAGUUCAGAAAACUUCUCCCAGCAUGUUUAGCAUGAUAGUCUUAUUAUUAACCCAGCUUUAGCUGGGCUGUCUAGGCGCUUUGGCUUUUGAGGAAUUUCUUCCUACCGGGUACCCAUUUACUCCACCUGGGUGGAGAGUGGCAAAUGAAGAUAUUGCCAAAGGAUGUGGGUUUUGUGGUGGGAUUUGAACCCGGGACCUUAUGGUUCAUAGUUUGGAGACUUAUCCACUCAUUCACAAUGCCUUUAACUGUUGCUCUUCAAAAACCUGAGUGAGCUGUAUUUUACCUUACAGAAAUGAUGCAUUCCAUGAAUCAGAAUAAGUUAAAAUUAGAGGGGUUUUUUCAGGUCACAUUUAUUGUCUGUUUCUUAAAAGAAUUAGAUUAAUGAAGAAUUUGUUUUUCUCCAUUUUGUCUGUGUUGCAUCAUGAAAAAGAAUCCAUUGAUAAUAUUAAAAACACUUAUUUUAUAAAUUA